AUGAGUGGUCUUUCUUCAGUCCGCCAUGGAGGUGAUCGUUUCAUGAGGACAGUCAUAGGCACAACUUCUGUGUCUUGCAGCGGCGCACUGGAGCCCGUCCAGCUGCAGAAUGGCUGUCUUUCUCAGCUGGACCAGUUCCCAAAUCUGUUUGCUGGCCGGUUCCUGAAACAUUGGUGCCGGUGCAGGGGAGUGGGCAGCGGAGGGGCAGCAACAAGCGCUGCUGUUGCUCCUUCCAGCAGCAGCAACGGCUCACUUCGGCUUCAGGAUUUGCCGUGGGCAGCCUCGUGCUGCUCAGCCGCUGGUUUCCACAGAACCAGUGAUCCGUACGUCAAGUUCAAACUUGGAGGAAAAGAAGUAUUUAGAAGUAAAACAAUACACAAGAACCUCAAUCCUGUGUGGGAAGAAAAAACUUGCAUUCUUAUAGAUAACCCAAGAGAACCAUUGUAUAUAAAGGUCUUUGACUAUGACUUUGGACUUCAAGAUGACUUUAUUGGUUCAGCAUUUUUGGAUCUCACCUCAUUGGAAUUAAACAGGCAAACAGAUGUUACCUUGCGUCUGAAGGAUCCUCAUUACCCUGACCAUGAUCUGGGAAGUAUAUUGUUAUCAGUUCUUUUGGCUCCUAGAGAAGAACAGCGAGAAGUGACAAUGCUAAUGAGGAAGAGUUGGAAAAGAUCAAGUAAG